CCGCUGGCCCCUUCUUACCCCGGCGGCGGGGCCCGGCAGCGUGCGUUCAGCCUCUCUUCUGUGCCCCAGGUGCCUGCUCCCGCUCCUGCCACCGCAGCCAUGGCCCCCGCAGCAUCAGACCUGAAACUUGGUAAAAAAGUUAAUGAAGGUAAAACGAAAGAAGUGUACGAGCUGCCAGAUGUCCCGGGAUGUGUUCUCAUGCAGUCAAAAGACCAAAUAACAGCGGGCAACGCAGCCAGGAAGGACCGAAUGGAAGGGAAGGCUGCCAUUUCCAAUAUAACCACUAGCUGCGUGUUCAAGUUGCUUCAAGAAGCUGGAAUCAAAACGGCUUUUGUCAGGAAACACAGUGACACAGCAUUCAUAGCAGCUCAUUGUGAGAUGAUCCCAAUCGAAUGGGUGUGCAGGAGAAUUGCUACUGGCUCCUUCCUCAAAAGAAACCCUGGUGUCAAAGAAGGAUAUAAGUUUUACCCCCCCAAAAUUGAGAUGUUUUACAAGGAUGAUGCUAAUAACGAUCCACAGUGGUCUGAGGAGCAGAUAAUUGAAGCAAAAUUCUGUUUUGCUGGACUUACUAUUGGCCAGACUGAAGUGGAUAUUAUGGCUCGUUCUACUCAAGCUAUUUUUGAGAUCCUGGAAAAAUCAUGGCAGCCCCAAAAUUGCACUCUGGUGGACCUGAAGAUUGAAUUUGGGGUUAAUAUUCUGACAAAAGAAAUUGUUCUUGCUGAUGUUAUUGAUAAUGAUUCAUGGAGGCUGUGGCCAUCAGGGGACAGAAGCCAGCAGAAGGACAAACAGUCCUACCGGGAUCUGAAAGAAGUGACUCCUGAAGCACUUCAAAUGGUUAAGAAAAACUUUGAAUGGGUUGCAGAAAGAGUGGAGUUGCUUCUGAAAACAAAGAGCCAAGGUAGAGUAGUGGUGUUGAUGGGAUCUUCUUCUGACCUCAGUCACUGUGAAAAAAUAAAGAAGGCAUGUGCAACCUUUGGAAUUCCUUGUGAGUUAAGAGUGACCUCUGCUCAUAAAGGGCCAGAUGAAACCCUAAGGAUCAAAGCAGAAUAUGAAGGAGAUGGAAUUCCAACAGUGUUCGUUGCAGUAGCCGGCAGAAGCAAUGGUUUGGGGCCAGUAAUGUCUGGCAACACUGCUUACCCAGUUGUCAACUGUCCUCCGCUCUCAGCUGACUGGGGUGCUCAGGAUGUGUGGUCCUCUCUCAGACUACCUAGUGGUCUUGGCUGUCCUACUACUCUGUCACCUGAAGGAGCUGCCCAAUUUGCUGCCCAGAUAUUUGGGUUAAACAACCAUCUGGUGUGGGCCAAACUGCGAUCAAACAUGUUAAACACCUGGAUCUCCUUGAAGCAGGCUGACAAAAAACUUCGAGAGUGCAGCUUGUAAAUCAUACUAAGAAGUAAUACUUAAAAACUACGCAAAGAUAAUGUUGUGCAUAUUGAGUCAUAUUAGGAUUUACAUUUGGAUGAGCUCAAAAGUCCUGCAUCCUUUUUUACAGAAGGCAUUGUUAGAGCAGCAGAUGAAGUAUGUUGUGUCCUCAUCCUUCCUUUGUGUAUUUUUUAAUAAAACAACUUAGAUGAGGAAGUAGUAUUUUAGGUAUCUUUCUGUUGCUCCAAAAUGGGGCUGUUCUGCUUUUUAGUAUAUACUACAGCCUAUGUCAAGAGAAUGAUCUGGUGUGAUCUAAAUGUAAUUCACCUAGUCUUCUGUAUUUCUGUAAAAGUACGGUUCUUCCAUAGUAAUAAUGUGUAUCUUAAACCUUAUUAACUCAACUGGACUGCUGACUAAAGCCAGUACUGAUGCUGUUCUGCUUGCAAUGAUGAUCCAUUUUCUUUAGCAAUAAAAUUGCAACAUAUCCUGUAUUAAUAGGAAAAGGGGCUGGAAACAUGUUUUCACAGCCUGAAAUUAAUACUUGCCUUAUUUUAAAAAUGUAUAUACAUACAUGUUGGGUUUUUAAAAUGUGUGUGUAUACAUACCCCAUUGCUAUCUUCUGGAAUGUGAUAAAGGUGACACAUUCUUUUGUUCUAAACAAGAGCUAUAAAUACAAAUUAUUGGAGUGAACUGUAACUGGGCCUGUUGCCUGUUUGCUGUACCUCUUGCCUAGUCCAGUCUUUGCCCAGUCCAGUCUUUGCCCUUUUAAAUACUAGGCAGAUCUCUAACUUAAGUAGUUCCUGAAGGGCUAAGUGAUGUUGGUAAACUCUUUACACAUUUCAGUAAUUAGCUAUUAGAUAUCUGUAGUUCCUCACUGUUUCUAUGGAAGUUUUACUGAACUGGGGAAUAAAUACUAAAGCAACAAACUACUGGGGGGAAAUCUGAGCAUGACUGUCUUGUCCUUGCACAUACCCAUCUUCUGAGUAGGUAUGAGUCUAACAAAUAUGCAAUUGCUCAAUGUCUGUAACAUUUAUGCUUUUACAAUUUUAAAUAAACUAUUGAAGUCAAAGCUA